AUGUCUUCUUUCCAAGCCGUCAACACUACGCUUUCGGUGCCGGAUCCUCCUGGGCGUCCAGGCGAAGAAACGACUCCGACCACACCUCGACCGAACAGUACCUUCGCGAAGCCUUUGUCCGACGACCCACGCGCUGAAGAUCCUUCGGCGAAAACGCCUACACGUAACAGUUUCGCAGGUCUCGCUGGCCAGCGCCCUCUUCCGUCGUCCCCAUUCACGCCUUCACGCGAGCUUAGUACCACCCCCGGCAGGCACCCUCUGACGCGCGAGGACUCGCACCGCUCAUCGCAAUCUGCCGGCUCACAAGAUGUAGAAAUGGGUGGCGCCGAAGAAGAGGGAAAGGAAGGUUCGGAUGACGAAAGUGUUAGUGGAGAUGCGAAGUCGGCUUCAAAGAAAAAGAAGGGUCAACGCUUCUUUUGCACAGAGUUUCCACCGUGCCACUUGAGCUUCACAAGAAGCGAACACCUGGCCCGCCACAUUCGCAAGCAUACCGGCGAACGACCCUUCCAAUGCCAUUGCUCUCGACGAUUUUCUCGUCUCGAUAACCUGCGACAGCAUGCGCAGACAGUCCACGUCAAUGAAGACAUUCCAGGAGACUCUUUGGCUGCAACCGGCACCCGUUUUCAAAGACAAAUCCGGACCGACCGUGUGCGACCACCCGGGAAUCGCUCCCGUGCCAAUACGUUAGGGAGCACAGGAGGCCAUAGUAGGGGGCACAGCAGGAACCUCUCAGCUUCCAGUAUCACAUCUACUGCUUCGAGCAUAAGCGUAGCUCCGUCUCCGGACGUACGACGUCGACCACCUCCGCUUGCCAUGGCCAGCGACGGAGGUGCAAGGGCACGUUUGUCACUUAACACCAUGGAUGCGUACAAUCCUCCGCUCAUGGGUAGCCCGGGGCCGCAGAUUGUUGAUUACAGUGAUGCAACGACACCUACAUCGGCUACAUUCUCCACCGCUACAGGAAGCCCGAGCCGUUUCAGCUCGGCGGUGCAGUCACCCGUGGCAUCUGCUUCACGACCCGUAUCUUGGAGCGGUGUAGGACCCAUGCCAAGUGGGCGGCGGCUUUCUGUGCCUUCAAACGGUAACCCUUUUUCGGGCCCUCCAGGGCAGUAUCCGCCUCAGUACAUUACGCCCGUACCAUCAGCUACACCAUCCACUACCUUCUCUCCCCAAAGUAGCUCGUACGCAAGCCCGGUCGCCCCAGAAUUUCCCGUCUCACGAAGGGAUUCGAACGCGGAUGCAGACUGGAGGAGACGAACAUGGCACCCAGGCUCGUAUUCCGGACCUCGGCCUGCUACCAGCGGAUUAGGCUAUCACCAGACUCCGGAUGCCCCGCGACCUUCCUUCACGUCGCAACCUGCGGCAUCCCAGACGAGGCUGCCGGGUAUUGAGAGCUUCGAUCACGCCCCGCCCCCGCCGAUGCCGCGGCGCCAACCGAGCCCUAUGCAGAUCGAUACACCCGCGCGACCACUCACGUAUCAUGCUCCCACGGAUCUUCGACCUCCCAUCAAGCAUGAAAAGCGUACUAGCAUCUCAUGGGAUACGAAUCUGCAAAGAGGGUUUACCAAUCUUGAGAUUGCGAGCCCAAAUCGUCAAAGAGAAGCGUGGUCCCACUACCAAAACAGUCCAGGACAGACCGUGCAUGCUCGUCCCACUACUGCGCCGCACCCGGCUUACUUCAACCAGCGGACUGACAGCUCGCCCGCAGGGCAACACUCAGCAGCCGAGGCGGGCAGGACUUCUCAGGAACCCCCGGUCACUCCCAAGAGAAACAAGCGUCAGGCCUGGUACAACGGGCCUCUCAACCCGAAUGUCCCUCCGCAACCGGCCCGAGCUAUGCAACGAACUUCGCCAGAAGAUUCAAGUAGCAGUGAAGGGGUUCCUACGCCUUCAAACUCCACGAUGACUGAAUAUCAUCCAGCCAUCGUGCACAGCAAUGGCUAUGUGGAGCCGCACCCACCAGGUGCGCUUCUUGAAGAACAUAAGCCUGUUCGCACUUCUAUCAUGGACCGACCUCAUCCGAUAUAUAGCCAGCAACAACCAUACCAUAGCCAUAGUCUCUCGACUCCGUCUUACCGGUCCUUUCAGCAGCCGGAGAGAGGCCAUGUUACCUUUGGUCCGCCAAUCAUGCAGCCACCUGCGAAUGAUAUGCGACGGUUGGAAGCGCUUGUUGCUGUUGCUACUGGGGAGCAAGUUAGAAACCGCCAGUGA